UCAGUCAUUCACGAAAAAACAAGAAGCUUUCUUCCUCGGUCUUUUCUUCCUCGAUCAGUCCCUCUUUCCGCUGUGCGUUUGGUUCUUCCAUUGGUGGUGGCGCCGUUGGUUUUGGCCAUCUUGGCGGCGGAGUCCCCUUCCUCUUCCUCUCUGUACCCAUCAAACCCCUAAUCUUAAACCUCUUCGACUCUUCCGUUGGUGGUGGCGUCGUUGGUUCUUCCGUUCGCUCGCACCAGGUUCCUGCUUAAACUCACCUGCGUUUUGUGUUCCUGGUUCGACACUCAAUUCCUCUCUGUACCCAUCACUCACUUCAGAUUUCUAAAGCGGGACAUCAAUUCCUCCUAUGUGGUGGCGCCGUUGGUUCUUCCGUUCGCUCGCACCAGGAAGUGACAAGGUAAUCAAUUUGUGUUUCGUUCCUGCUCUUGUUCAGUUUCCGUUCCUGCUUUGAAUCGACUCUGCUCCUGCUGUGACUCGUCGCCGCUCCUGCUUCGACACUAUCAAGCUGACAUAUCGGAUCAGACUACAGACCAGGAUCUACUGACUCAUCUUCUAAGGAGUCUUGCUAGUCGGAAUAGUGAACAAGAGGGCAAUAACUUGUCUAACAUUUUGCGAGAACCAGAGAAUUUGUUGAGAGAAGGGGGUUCAUCUAGGGAGUCAGAGAUGGUGCCAACUUUACUCUCCAAUGGUUCUCAAGGCUCUCCAACUGAUAUAAGACAACAUCAAACUGUAUCUAUGAAUAAAAUGCAACAAGAAGUGGUGCAUGCACAUGAUGCUAGGGCUACUGAUCAGCAGCUCAUGUCUUAUAUAAAGCCCAGCAUUUCAAACACUCCUCCAGCUUACGCAGAAGCCAGAGACAGUACCGCUGGACAAAUCAAGAUGAAUAAUUUUGAUUUGAAUGACAUAUAUAUUGACUCAGACGAUGGCAUAGAAGAUCUAGAAAGAUUGCCUGGAACUACUAAUCAUGUCACUAGCUCUCUUGAUUACCCAUGGACACAACAAGAUUCCCAUCAGUCAAGUCCACCUCAGACAAGUAGAAAUUCAGAGUCUGGAUCUGCCCACUCCCCUUCUAGUUCCACUGGAGAAGCUCAGUGUCGCACAGAUCGUAUUGUUUUCAAACUCUUUGGUAAAGAGCCGAGUGAUUUUCCUCUUAUACUUAGAGCACAGAUUCUUGACUGGUUAUCACACAGUCCUACUGAUAUUGAAAGCUACAUACGACCUGGUUGUAUUGUUUUGACAAUUUAUCUGCGCCAGGCUGAAGCUGUUUGGGAGGAAAUUUGCUAUGAUCUGACUUCUAGUUUGGGUAGGCUACUGGAUGUCUCAGAUGAUACUUUUUGGAGAACUGGAUGGGUUCACAUCAGGGUGCAGCAUCAGAUGGCAUUCAUUUUCAAUGGUCUCUUACCUUAUAACAUGGAUUGUUGAUCUCUGUAUUUAUUGCAUCUGUUUAUAGGGUUCAAAGUUGCUCACCUCCGCUGCUCUCCUAAUUUAUGCUUAUGGUGCUGGUGGCUUUCCUGCUUGGAGCAUUAAUUUGCUGAACUGUUGCUGUUUUGCUGAAUUGUUGUUGUUUAACUAUUUUGUCCUAAUUUCAUGAGCAGUUGCUGUUUAACUUCAUUUAAAGAACUAGAAUUGCUGAAUUGUUCUAGUUCUUUUAGGCUAUUAUGUUUUCUCUUUUGCUGGGACCUUGGAUGUUUAACUCACUUGAGAGAGUGUGUUCUCAAGAUCUCUUUUUAUUUUAAUAAAUUUUCAUUAAAAAAAUAUGUAUAUUCAAGUCAAA